AUGGGACGUCCCGAUCGGGAAGUCAUGUGCUUGGCAGCAAACCAUGGUCUGGAUAACAAGCUUACCACGAAACCUCCAUUAGCUGUCGCAGUAUGCCACUGCGUCACAGCUUUCCCCCAACCUCAAAGCACUUCCGACUGUCACGAAACCAAAGCAAGCAAUCAUACCAUCACCACCAUCGCCAUGGCCAUGGAGUCGCAAACUCCACCUCCCUACUCAACCACCAAUGAUGGCAGCCUGCCCUAUCCCGACACAGCUGCGCGCAAUACUCUGCUCACUCAGCUCGCUCGCCAAGCGAACCUAUACUAUGGCCCCAACUGGCCGGCCGACUCUCCCCCCGAACCGCACGCUGCUCUCAGCCGCGAGACUGAAAGAAUUCGCAACAUGAUGGAAUUCACAUUGUCCGUGGACUACCAGGGCUAUACAGGCGCCAGGAUCUGCCCGGCGGAUCGAGUACAUUUCCACCGUAUGGUCGAGGCUGUGUGCAAACUGAAGCGCACCGUAUCGCUCGAUAAAUCGGACCCCGAGGUCAGACCCUCGCCUGAAGAGCGUGAGACACUGGCUGCGUACUUCUGGAAGUAUCUUCAUGAGCCCUGCAAGACGCUUGCACUGCCGCUGGAUACCGUCGUGCACAACAUUAUGUGCCUGGACCAGUUCACCAGCUGUCUAGGAGAGUACAAAGGUUCCGUCUUUGGCGUGCUCCACCAGGACGGCCUCGAUGGCCUUGCGGAGAAGCUGUACAUGGAUCGGGAAGUUCUCGUGCCCAAAGUCUUCUCGGACCAUCGCGCCCGACAGGACAUGAUCGAGGCGGUCAAGGCGGUCGAAAGAAUGUACUUCAAUCGUAUUGAAGGCGUGGAACAGAUUACAUACUCCAACCCCCAAAGCUACUACAGGGAUUUCUGCAGGGUCAAGUACGAAGCCAACGAGCGUGGCUUGUCCUACGCGUUGAGCCGCAAGACUGCCAUUGCUCGGGCCUACGAAUUCGUGUCCGCUCAUCACUGGAUCAAGGUCAUAAGCUACCUGACGCCGUGCAAAUAUGGUAGCUGUGGCCGUACGUAG